AUGGCACCACUCAAAUCCCUCCUCCUCACCUCCCUAGCCACCAUGGCCACCGCGUCCCCUCUCAUCGCAGACCCUUCGUCUCUUCACGCCCGUCAAUUCGGAACCGGAAUCACCGCCAACGAACUCGAAAGUGGCAGUUGUAAAGAAGUCACGUUUAUUUUCGCCAGAGGGUCGACGGAGUUGGGGAAUAUGGGAUCCGUAAUCGGCCCCCCAGUCUGCGACCAACUCAAAUCCAAACUCGGCAGCGACAAAGUCGCCUGUCAGGGUGUGGGCGGGGGAUACACAGCGGGACUGAUGCAGAAUGCCCUACCCCAGAAUACCGACCCGGCUGCUAUUUCCGCCGCGAAGGAUAUGUUUAAUAUGGCGAAUACGAAGUGUCCGGAUACGAAGAUCGUAGCCGGAGGUUACAGUCAAGGCAGCGCGGUAAUCGACAACGCCGUCCAAGAAAUCAGCAGCGAAGUGCGAGACAAAACCGUCGGUGUGGUGUUGUUCGGAUUCACUCGGAAUGUGCAAGAUCAUGGACAGAUCCCCAACUACCCCAAGGAUGAUGUGAAAGUGUACUGUGCGGUUGGGGAUAUGGUUUGUGAUGAUACGUUGGUGGUUACGGCGAUGCAUUUGACGUAUGGUGUGGAUGCGGGUGAUGCGGCGAGUUUCUUGGUCUCCAAGGUGCAGGCUGCGGGGUCGAGUACGAGCAGCAGUAGUAGUUCGGAUGCGGCGAGUUCGAGCUCGAGUGCGAGUUCUUCGGGGUUGGGGGGGUUGUCGUCGAUGUUUGGGGGACUUUGA